AUGGGUAUUAUGACGGUCAAUGAUGCUAGCGUGGCGGCUGUUGAGUGGCUAGAGGAUAUAGACACCAUCAGAGUACGCAGUAGUUAUCAGGGUGCAUUGAGCGGGCAGAUUCGUCGAAGGGUGGAAAUCGUCAAGGAGACGAUUAGACUUCUAGCGGAGAAGCUAGAAGAUACUGGUGAUCCUGCCUAUUUAAGAAGGCGAAAUGCAGAAUUACUGGCAGAACUCACAACCACAAAACGAGAGUUUGCCAAAAUGAAGAGAGAUAUCGAGGACCUUAAGAGGAAGGUCCAAGACUUAACUAAUGCGUUAACGUUCGAUAUCCAACGUGUCGACAAGGCUACUUCCCCGAUGGAAGCUACCCAGAAGAAGAAGGCACCGAGAUCUCAAUCCCGACAUAAAAGUGAAGUAGAGGAUAGCGCUCAAACCAAUCCAACAGCUGCAGAAAUGAUUAUGAGACCACCGCUCCAAGGUAUCUCAAAACCCAUUCCAGCAGUAGAGAAGAGUAGAUUGCGGUCGCUGCAAGCACAUGAUAGCAAUCUGGAUGCUGAACUAUCUCGGCAAAUAGUUGAACUUACUUCCAGAAGGAGAGAACUCCGACAGGCAUCAAGGGGAAAUCAGAACACAUCCCGAGCACCGAGUCCAUCACGAGGGAUCCCUCGAGUGAUCGGGAAUGUCCAAAUAACUCCCCCCCUGAGUUCAGUAGAGUUUCCUCCAUUACCUCCAGCAGCAACUGUUCCGCAGAGGGAUGAAGAAAAGAUGGAAUGGACGGCGGUGAUCUCCAAAAAUCAGAGGAAGAAACAGCGCAAGGCAGCCAUACAACAAGAUGAGAAGCACCCCAAUAAAGGGGAACCCAAGGAAAAAGCGAGGAAACAACCAAUUGCAAAGGACAAUCCUGCUAAGGUUAACCCCCCCUCUGGAAAAAAAAGACGUCGCCCUCCCCGCACCGCGGCGGUCGCUAUUAAGGGUGUAAAGGAAGGUUUCUCGUAUGCUACCGCACUUCGGGAGUCAAGAGAAAAGAUCUUGCUGCCUGAGCUAGGCAUAAGUAAGACAUCGGUGAGGCACACUGCCAAUGGAGGCGUUAUUAUCGAGGUCCCAGGCCCGGAUAGAGCAACCAAAGCGGAAGAACUGAGGAAGCAAGUCUGCAAUACCUUGGGCGAAGCAGCAGUGGUGACUAGACCGGUCAUCAAGGGAGAUGUCCGUCUCAUUGGCCUGGACGACUCCGUAGUUCCAGCAGAAAUUGCGGACAUCGUAAGCGUAGAGGGCGGCUGUAAACCGGAUGAGGUGAAAGUGGGCGCGAUCAGACCAAUGACCAACGGUCUAUUCACGGCCUGGGCCCAAUGUCCCCUAGGUGCGGCCAUCAAGGCUUCCCAAACGGGGAAAAUAAAGGUAGGAUGGACAAUCGCGAAGAUUGAGUUGCUGAAGGCCAGGCCUCUUCAAUGCUUCCGCUGCUGGGGUCAUGGACAUCUAAAAGCUAACUGCACGUCACCUAACGAUAGGAGCAAGAACUGCUACAGGUGCGGAGAAGAAGGCCACUCUGCGUUGGCUUGUGUUAAUCCACCGGCGUGUGUGCUAUGCAAGGAACAGGGCAAGGACUCGCGUCAUCGUGUAGGCUCCACGCAAUGUAAGGCAGACUUCACCACAGUUAAGAGAGGAAAACCGGGUCGGAAGGCCGAAGAAAUGAUCACGGAAAAUGCAUAG